GGCGGGGUUGGGGGGCGCCGUACUCUCCUCAUUGCCUUAUCUGUCUGCUACUCUGAGGAUCCCUGGCUCCUUAGCGUCUGUGCGCCUCGCAGGGACCAGCUGCCCGGGACCUAGUCUCAGCCGCUCUUCUGCAGCUGGGCCUGGACGCUUUGCUGCCUCCUUGGGCCUGAAGGGCUUCUGUGCACUUAAACUUUGAUGGAGUAGGAGUCACAAAGAAUCCGCCUCUCAACCUAGACAACAAUUGUACCAGCAGCAACUCUCUGAAGUAACUAUGUUGGAACUCUGGAGUCUGUUCGAAUGCUUACAUCUUCCAAGGGAGAGCUUUGCUGGCAUUAAAAAAUAUUUAAUCAUUCAUGUGUUGAGCCUCAUUCUUGAGUUAUGGAUGACAAGGCUUCUGUUGGAAAAAUCAGUGUCUCCUCAGACUCAGUAUCUACUCUUAAUAGUGAAGAUUUUGUAUUGGUUUCCAGGCAAGGAGAUGAGACACCAUCUACAAAUAAUGGAAGUGAUGAUGAGAAAACAGGACUCAAGAUUGUAGGGAAUGGAAGUGAACAGCAGCUGCAAAAAGAACUAGCAGAUGUACUGAUGGAUCCUCCAAUGGACGACCAGCCAGGGGAAAAGGAGCUUGUGAAAAGGUCACAACUGGAUGGUGAAGGAGAUGGGCCUCUUUCUAAUCAGCUCUCCGCUUCAUCCACCAUUAACCCUGUGCCAUUAGUAGGGCUCCAAAAACCAGAGAUGAGCCUGCCAGUGAAACCUGGACAAGGAGAUUCUGAAGUUUCAAGUCCUUUCACACCGGUGGCCGAUGAAGACAGCGUAGUUUUCAGUAAACUAACUUAUUUAGGCUGUGCCUCGGUAAAUGCCCCCAGGAGUGAAGUGGAAGCCUUAAGGAUGAUGUCCAUCUUAAGAAGCCAGUGUCAGAUUUCACUAGAUGUUACCCUUUCAGUGCCGAAUGUAUCUGAAGGAAUUGUGAGACUCUUAGAUCCUCAGACAAACACUGAAAUAGCAAACUACCCUAUCUACAAAAUCCUCUUCUGUGUCAGAGGGCAUGAUGGAACUCCUGAAAGUGACUGUUUUGCUUUUACUGAAAGUCAUUACAAUGCAGAGCUUUUCAGAAUACACGUCUUCCGGUGUGAAAUACAAGAAGCUGUAAGCCGGAUACUUUACAGCUUUGCCACUGCCUUCCGUCGUUCUGCCAAGCAGACCCCACUUUCAGCCACUGCUGCACCCCAGACUCCUGACAGUGACAUCUUUACCUUCUCUGUGUCUUUAGAAAUAAAAGAAGAUGAUGGUAAAGGUUAUUUUAGUGCAGUUCCCAAAGAUAAGGACAAACAAUGCUUUAAACUACGCCAAGGAAUUGAUAAGAAGAUUGUCAUCUAUGUGCAGCAAACAACUAAUAAAGAACUUGCCAUUGAAAGGUGUUUUGGUCUUCUGCUUAGUCCAGGAAAAGAUGUACGAAAUAGUGACAUGCACUUACUAGAUUUGGAAUCUAUGGGCAAAAGUUCAGAUGGAAAGUCCUAUGUUAUCACUGGGAGCUGGAAUCCGAAAUCCCCACAUUUUCAAGUUGUAAAUGAAGAAACUCCUAAAGAUAAAGUCUUGUUUAUGACCACAGCUGUAGAUUUGGUAAUAACAGAAGUACAGGAGCCUGUUCGAUUUCUCCUGGAGACAAAAGUUCGCGUUUGCUCUCCUAAUGAAAGAUUAUUCUGGCCCUUCAGCAAACGUAGCACUACUGAAAAUUUCUUUUUGAAACUAAAGCAGAUAAAGCAAAAGGAGAGAAAGAGUAAUACUGACACGUUAUAUGAAGUUGUAUGCUUGGAAAGUGAAUCAGAAAGAGAGAGGAGGAAAACUACAGCGAGUCCUUCAGUUCGCCUUCCACAGUCUGGAUCACAGAGUUCAGUGAUACCCUCUCCUCCAGAAGAUGAUGAAGAGGAAGAUAAUGAUGAACCUCUCUUGAGUGGAUCUGGUGAUGUAUCCAAAGAAUGUGCAGAAAAAAUUCUGGAAACAUGGGGGGAACUGUUGUCAAAAUGGCAUCUCAACUUGAAUGUGAGACCAAAGCAGUUGUCAUCCUUAGUAAGAAACGGUGUUCCUGAAGCUCUUCGAGGAGAAGUCUGGCAGUUGCUAGCCGGCUGUCAUAACAAUGACCACCUGGUAGAAAAAUACCGCAUUCUCAUCACAAAGGAGUCUCCCCAGGACAGUGCUAUCACCCGGGAUAUUAACCGAACAUUCCCAGCCCAUGACUACUUUAAGGACACAGGAGGAGAUGGACAAGAUUCCUUAUAUAAAAUAUGCAAGGCUUAUUCUGUGUAUGAUGAAGAGAUUGGCUAUUGCCAGGGCCAGUCAUUUCUUGCUGCUGUGCUCCUUCUCCAUAUGCCUGAAGAACAGGCAUUCAGUGUCCUGGUCAAGAUCAUGUUUGACUAUGGGCUCAGAGAACUUUUCAAGCAAAACUUUGAAGAUUUGCAUUGCAAAUUUUACCAGUUGGAGCGCCUCAUGCAGGAAUACAUUCCUGACCUAUACAACCACUUCCUGGAUAUAAGCCUUGAAGCGCACAUGUAUGCCUCCCAGUGGUUUCUUACUCUUUUCACUGCAAAAUUCCCUCUCUACAUGGUCUUCCAUAUCAUCGACCUGCUUUUAUGUGAGGGAAUAAGUGUUAUUUUUAAUGUUGCCCUUGGAUUAUUAAAGACUUCAAAAGAUGACCUGCUGUUGACAGACUUUGAAGGUGCCUUGAAGUUCUUUAGGGUUCAGCUUCCUAAGAGAUACCGCUCAGAAGAAAAUGCAAAAAAACUAAUGGAAUUAGCUUGCAACAUGAAGAUUAGUCAGAAGAAGUUGAAAAAAUAUGAGAAGGAAUAUCACACCAUGAGGGAACAGCAGGCCCAGCAAGAAGACCCCAUUGAGCGAUUUGAGCGGGAAAAUAGGCGUCUACAAGAAGCUAACAUGAGGUUGGAACAGGAAAACGAUGACUUAGCCCAUGAACUGGUGACCAGCAAGAUUGCACUAAGGAAGGACCUGGAUAACGCUGAGGAAAAGGCAGAUGCUCUGAAUAAGGAGCUGCUGAUGACCAAACAGAAGUUGAUUGAUGCAGAAGAAGAGAAAAGACGUCUUGAAGAAGAGUCUGCCCAGUUAAAAGAAAUGUGCCGUCGGGAACUUGACAAGGCAGAAUCUGAGAUUAAAAAGAACAGUUCUAUCAUCGGUGACUAUAAGCAGAUUUGUUCUCAGUUGAGUGAAAGAUUGGAAAAGCAGCAGACAGCCAAUAAGAUCGAAAUUGAGAAAAUUCGGCAAAAAGUGGAUGACUGUGAGCGGUGCCGGGAAUUUUUCAACAAAGAAGGGCGUGUAAAAGGCAUAAGCUCAACCAAGGAGGUUUUAGAUGAGGACACAGAUGAAGAGAAGGAGACGCUCAAGAACCAACUGAGAGAGAUGGAGCUAGAACUGGCACAGACCAAACUCCAGCUGGUGGAAGCCGAGUGUAAGAUACAGGACUUGGAGCACCAUUUAGGCCUUGCCCUCAAUGAGGUGCAGGCAGCCAAGAAGACGUGGUUUAACCGAACACUGAGCUCCAUAAAGACGGCAACCGGGGUUCAAGGGAAAGAGACUUGCUGAAAGCAGCUGCUGCCUCCCGACACCUUC